GGUCACGGCUCUCGUGCCUUGGGAAGGAGAUCCUCGCCCAGGGCCGCAGGGAUGUUCCACCUGCAGCGAUGCUCCCCGUUUGCGGCAUUGGCAAUAAGUUGUGCUGGCUGCCUGCCAGGGCAGGCUGCUGUUCCAGGCAGCAGGUCUCUGCCUCACAGGCACCGUGCUCGCAAGGGGGAAUGCGGCGUGGGGCUCCCCGAGCCCACGGGCUGGCCUCGCCUCGCCGACACGAUCGCGUGUUUAUGAUUUGGUAGUAUGUGAUGUCAUGAGGGUGUUGGCUUGGAGGAAUUUCACUACUGAGGAAGCAGUUUGAAAUGCAGGCAGAAUCCUCGAGACCUUCGGAUGUGCGCUUGGUUUCUUUUUAGUUAGCUCUGAACGGAGGUACAGAUGGAUACCUAUGUGUGGAUUUUUUUAGUAAGGAAUUAACGUAUGGAAUAUAGAAGAGAUUUAAGUGGAUACAAUACCUGAAGGCAAUGUCGAGCCAGUCUGGAUUUUCAAACUCUCUUCCUCUACCAGGAUAUCCAUUCUACCAGGUGUCAUGCAGCCAUAAUCAGCAGACCACGUCAUUUAGACAUCCUGUGACAGGAAAGGUUUCUCCAGAAAAUAUUGAAUUUAUUUUGCGAGAAGAACAGAAUUCAUCUAUGUCCAACCAACAAAUAAACCAAAGGCCUUCAAGCAUGGUCAGUGAAACAUCCACUGCAGUAACUACGUCUGCUGUUGAUACAAAACCUGGCUCUAAGGUUGUGAAGACUGGAAACAAAGUUCACAGCUUUGGAAAGAGGGAACAAGCAAUCAGGAGGAACCCCAAUGUUCCUGUGAUAGUAAGGGGCUGGCUGCACAAGCAGGAUAGCUCUGGAAUGAGGUUAUGGAAGAGACGAUGGUUUGUGCUUGCUGAUUUUUGUUUGUUUUACUACAAAGACAGCAGAGAAGAGUCUGUUCUGGGGAGCAUCCCUUUGCCUAGUUAUGUAAUAUCUCCAGUUGGACCUGAAGAUCGUAUAAAUCGCAAAUUUUCUUUUAAGGCUGUUCACACAGGUAUGAGGGCAUAUAUUUAUAACAAGAAUUCUGUCAUUGGCUCUCAGGCAGAGCACACAGGGAUGAGGACGUACUACUUCAGUGCUGACACCCAGGAGGAUAUGAAUGCCUGGAUCCGGGCUAUGAACCAGGCUGCUCUCAUGCAGACACGCUCCUCACUGAAGAGGGAAACUGAAAAAGUGGAUCAGCAAGCUGUUCCCCAAGUCAAUCAUGUGGAUGCCUGCAAAGACUGUGUGAAGGCAGAGAUUACAGACACAAAAGAAAGUUAUCAGAAAUCAGCUGAAAUGCUUGGAUACGAUAAGCGUGAAGAGAUAAGAAGAGAAAAGGAGGAGGAGGAGCGUUACAUCCACAGAAAAGAAACUCUGGAAACCAAAAAGGGAAAGGCUAAGCAUGCAUUAACAGAAGCUGAUUCAUUAUUUCCAGACUUAAGGAAUUCAUCCUGGUCCCAAGUAGCUCAGCCUCAGCCAGCUGAGAAGAAUGGAACGCUUCCUAGUUCAUUGAGUAUGAGUGCUGGGCUAGUGGAGCAGAAUGGUACUGGCUCAUAUAAAAGAGGGUUUGUUCCCAGAACAAAUCCAGAUAAGCAGUUUCAAAGGAAAAGUAACAUGGCUCAAGUGGAGCACUGGGUGAAAGUCCAGAAAGGAGAUACAAAAAGCCUCACUUCUGAUCAGACACUUACACGUCAGGGUCCCAAUCCUCCUUUUCCUGAAAACUAUCACACUUUGCCAAAGAAUACCAGGCAGCCUUCAGGGAGCUCACCACCACCAAACCGCAACUUGCCGAGUGACUACAAAUACGCACAGGAUCGUGUCAGCCACUUGAAGAUGUCCCAGGAGGAGAGGAAAGCAAAUAAGGAUGGAACUGUUUGGCAGCUGUACGAGUGGCAGCAGAGACAGCAGUUCAAGCAUGGCAGCCCCACGGCCCCACUUUAUGUAGGUUCCUCAGACUUCAUUGAUCGUGCCAAGUCGAAAAGUUCAUUAGAUGUUCCGCGAUCAAUAUCUGUUCCGCCCUCUCCGUCUGAUAUUCCUCCACCUGGACCUCCAAAAACCUUUCUCCCACGGAGACCACAUACUCCUGCAGAAAGGCUCACGGUUAAACCAUCUGAUGAGAGACAGGCUGUGGAUGUUCCUCUGGCUGGAUCCCCCAGGAAGAUUCGGAAUCGUGCUGUAAAGAGCUCCACUCACCUGGAUCGCCGCUCCAUGCCUGCCAUGGGCUACAUGACGCACACGGUGAGCGCGCCCAGCUUGCACGGCAAGUCGCCUGAAGAGUUAACAUUGCUUCUCAUUCGAUUAAGGAGACAUCAGGCUAAGUUGGCUAGUAUAAGAAAUUACACAAUCGCUCAGUUACUGCAGCACUUGCCAACUAAUUCCACCUAUCAGGCGGAUGACACUUACAUCCAGCUGAAAAAGGAUCUGGAGUAUUUGGAUCUAAAGAUAGAAAAUAAUGGACCUCUGAUCAACAUGAUAUACAAAGUGCUAAAGAACUCAGCACAAGGGUUACUAUCCAGUAUACAUAUGACAGGACGUGACACAUUGAAAGAAAGAAGUGCAAAACCUGUCAAGGUGGCAGAAAGUGAUAUUGAUGUGAAACUCAGUGUUUUCUGUGAGCAGGACAGAAUUCUGCAGGACUUGGAGGACAAAAUAAGAGCCCUUAAGGAAAAUAAAGAUCAGCUGGAGUCUGUUUUGGAGGUUCUACAUAGGCAGAUGGAUCAGUACAAAGACCAGCCACAGCAUGCAGAAAAAAUAUCUUACCAGCAGAGACUUUUGCAGGAGGACCUUAUACGUAUUCGGGCUGAAAUAUCCAAAGUUUCAACGGAGAUGGAAAAUGCCUGGAAUGAGUACCUGAAAUUAGAGAAGGAUGUGAGCCAGCUGAAAAAAGCCUUACAGGAGCAGAUGAACAGUUCAUUGGUAUCUCAGGAGAAAACACAAAUACAAAAAGACUUGUGGAGAAUUGAAGAUGUUACAGCUGGCUUGAGUGCAAAUAAAGCAAACUACAAAACCAUAGUAGACUCUAUAAAGAAUCCAGAGAGAAAAACAGUGCCUUCGUUUUCUCAGUCUUCAGUGCCUUCCUUACCAGCUUCCCUUGCUGCUGUGGAGAGCAAAGUUUCCGUCCUGCAGAGCCCUCCGCGCAGCCCGGUGAAAUCCCCGCUGGAGGUCAGGCUCUAUCCACAGCCCUAUUUCCAGACCAGGACACAGCACCAAGCACAGCAGCUGAAAAAAAUCGAGCCACCUCUUCAGUCACCGGUCAAGCUCAAGCCAAAGGUUGAAGAUGAAGCACCGCCCAGACCUCCUCUCCCUCAGCUGUACAGUCCUGAGGAUCAGCCACCAGCUGUCCCACCCCUCCCGAGAGAAGCCACUGUCAUCAGACACACCUCGGUGCGGGGCCUGAAGCGUCAGUCGGACGAGAGAAAGAGAGACAGAGAGCUCGGCCAGUACGUGAAUGGAGAUUACAGGGUGGAACUGCGUUCAUACGUGAGUGAACCAGAGCUGGCGAUGAUAGGGGGUGACCUCAGCCACCCUUCCAGUGCUUUAAUAAGCCCUGACAGUGGAUACCAGACAUUACCUACCCGUGGUUUGUCUGGAUCAACUUCCAGAUUGCACCAGUCAUCUACCAUUUCAUCGUUUGCAACACUUCGAAGGGAUAGGUCCAAGGAGAGACCAAAGAGUGCCUUGGAACGUUUAUACUCUGGAGACCACCAAAGAGGCAAGAUGAGUGCAGAGGAGCAGCUAGAAAGAAUGAAGAGACAUCAGAAGGCAUUAGUGCGGGAACGCAAGAGGACUCUUAGCCAAGGAGAAAGGCAGCCUGUUUCAUCUCGCUCUUUCAUCAGGCCCGUGUCUGCAGACGUAGGCUCAUGGAAACGAGAGCAAGAAUUUGAUUUGCAGUUACUCGAGAGGGCAAUUCGUGGAGAAGACAAGGAUGAAAAUGAAUGGUUAAAAGUUCAGCCAGUAGCAGUGACAGAGACAGACCUGGAGCCUCAAGACUAUGAUUUAGAUAUCAGCAGAGAGUUGUCAAAACCUGAGAAGGUUGUAAUUCCAGAACGUUAUGUUGAACUGGAGCCAGAGGAGCCUCUUUCUACAGAAGAACUGGCAGCAAGGCAGCGUAAAGCAGAAAAGAUAAAGAAUAUUCUUACUAAAUCAAGUAUGCACAAUCUGCAGCCUACUGUUGCCCAGGACAAACACAACUCGAUUGAUUUAGAUUCACAGCUGCAGGAGCAGGAGCGCAUCAUUACCAUUUCAUAUGCUCUGGCUUCUGAAGCCUCUCAGAGGAGCAAGGAGGUAGCAGCUCAGCAGUUGACCUAUCCACCCAAAGCACCCUCACCUUCUGUACCACAGCCACCUCACUCCCCCUUAAGCAAUGGAUUUCACUACACAUUUGUUUAAACACCUUCCAACCAAAGCAGUAAGUGAGCACUGACGUGAGACUGGAGGCAAAUCCCACUUUGUGACACCACGUGGAAGACCGAGGAGAUUCUUUUCCAGGUUUCUGUGGAGGUACUCGUUGGAUGGUGGCACCUUCUUCUGGAAAGACAUUCAGAGAAUGAUAGGGGGAUUUUCUAUGAAAAUGAAGAGAACUGCAGAUCAUUUUUUAUUCAGUUUAGUUCACACUUUUUAUACAAAUAAACGGCACUUUUAAUAAACUCUGUAAAAUACUGACAAUGUAUUUUUAGAACAAUGUAUUUUAGGGUUUUUUUUUAAUCAAGGGCUGAAUUCAUUUUAAAAUAUACUUCUUGCAUAGAUACUAAAAGAUGCUGUUACUUCCCUUUCAGGCUCAGAUGCACAUCGUAAAGUUUUGUGAAAAAAAAAAAAAAAAAAACAAAUUUGAGCAAGCCUAGAAGCACAUUCAUCGGGUAUGGAUAGAGCUAACACACGUGACAGGUUUGGUGAAAGGAUGUUUCAGAUUGAAUAUUUUUGUAGAGUUAAUCACCCACCUGUUUGCCCAUUAAAUAAUCCAUUGCAAGAACUGUUAGCUUGAAUUUCUAAAUAUUAGUAACCACUGUAUAGCUGAAAUUUCCCAAGAAAGCCAUAACAAAAGCCAGUUCUAACUUUCUCUCUUUUUUUUCCUUUGAUCCCAGAUUAUUAACUUGCUGGUAUCAAUCCACAGUUUGUUAGGUUGCCCUUGAAAGUAAUGCUGUCCCCUCUGUAACAAAAUUUUUUUUUGAAGUUGAGAUGUGAAAGAUGAUUAUUUUUAAUUAAAAUAUGUGAAGUAAGCAAUAAACACAAUGUGUCAUUUGGCUAAUAAAUACAUAUUUUUCUUCAGAUUUUUUUCAGUAGACUUUACAAUAUGAUGUACUGACUAGUAUUUAUCCUAGAAACAGCAAAACUAAAUGGAGUGUGGCACCUGCUAAUUUCCUGUGUAUGUUCACCUGGUGCUUAUUUUUGCCAGACUUUGAAAUUCUAUGCUGUACUACUGCAUAGGGCAAAGGGUGAGCUGGUUAAAAUAAGGAGAAAAUAAGAUAAAAUGUAUUGCUGCAACUAUACUUUAAAAGUCCCAGUGUAUGCAUUGAAUGCAAAACAUGCAAAAACUUCCCAAUGUUAUGUAAUUAGUAGCUGAGUUCAGCUCUGGAUGAGAAAUAUUUCUGCAGUAUUUUGUGAAACCACUAACUUGUUUAUUCCCUGUAUUCAAGUAGUAGCUAAAAACCCCUUGGAAUUGACCUUUGUGUUUCAGACUGUAAGACAAAUCAUCGUAUAUUAACACUAUACUCAGAAAUACUCUUAAAAGUAUAUAUUUAGCUAAUGCAAUCUAUUUUACCUCAAUACUGCCAGUAUCAAGUUCAAAACCUUUUGCCAAAAUAAUGAUUUAUUUUUGCCUUUAUAAAAAAGUUUUGAAAGCGCAUAAAUGAAUAUUUUGCAAGAAAACAUUAAUUUAAAUAAAAUGUAACCGUCUGGAAAAUGGUAUUAUGUACAGAUUAAAAUAUUAACAUAAAUGCUUCCUAUUGCCUCUG